AUGAUCACCCUUAUUAGCCAAUACAUUGUCCUGACCUUCAUUCUCCUGAGCUCAACUGUCGUGCUGGCGCAGAGCGACUCCCGAAACGACACCGCCAAUGGCGGGCAAACGUGCCCCAAAGAUCUUCCAGGCUUCACUCUGAACGGCAACGAUUGCAAGGUUCUUUGCCGCUCCGCACGCUGGCUCGAUGUUUUCCUCUUCUUCGUGGGAAAUUACGUCGCCCAUGCGGCGACAGUUCCGAGUCGGCCCGGCCAAUCCACCUUUAGCACCGGAGUCGCCAUUUUAACGGCUUUGCUUCUUCCGGGUGGUGGCAUAUCACACGCCAUUAGUACCAUCGCGACGUUCGCUGUCCUAAAGCCAACCCCUUUAAGAGCAGCUGCAAGUGCCGGUGCCAUUUGCGCUGUUAUCAAGGCUCCAAUAAUACACGCUCGAGAAGCCAUUAACCUGCUGGGUAAUUUGGCAUGCCCACAGUACGACUGCAUGUACAUCGUCGAUUCGGCGGCUCUGCGAGAGAUCAACGACUGGAGAGAGCGCGGGAGCACGAGUGACGAGGACAGGGAAAAGUACAAAGUUGAAGGCGUCGUCGGCACACUUGACGAGACAGCCGACCAUGAUCUGCAGCCUGAGUAUCAACCUCGGGACCUCUCGGGAAAUGCUUACGAGGAAUACAAACUUAGAUAUCUUCGGCACCGCCGGCGGAAGAACCGAAAGCGACUCAUUUGGGAGUACGUUUUGACCUUCAUGGUGGCCGCGGUACCGCUCGUCAUCGUGGGUGCCAUCUCGUCAUUCCGCUCGGGGCAGAGCACGGUGGAGGAGCGGGCCUGGACGAUGGCGUGGCUGGCAUGCGGCCUGGUUGGGCAAGCAUUGGUCGCGCCAGCCCAGCCGCUUGAGGGGCGACCUUUCAUCAACACCGGGGCCCCGAACCGGCAUCUAUACACAUUUAUUUACUUGUGGUUGAUCCUCACUUUCGGGGUGCCCAGCAUCGGCGGCAUGGUGAUUGUCGGCCGGAUGAUUCGAGAUUUCGGAGUCUGCGGCCGUCGAGACGUUGGACGUCAGGGGAGCGGCCGAGCCGCCUCUGGAGCGGAACUUCCGCUCCUGGGCCGGCCAUCUCAACGGCCCUAG